AGGAGAACAUCAUCCGAGAGUUCAACCUGAACGAGCUCUACCAGAAAUCCAAGAAGCUCAACAAGACUAAAGGAGACAAGGUCGGCCAAUCCCAGUUCCCACCGGUCCCUGAGGAGGACGAGUCGGAGCAGCAAGGAGCCGACACCCAGGCGGAGGACUCCGAAUCCAAGAAGGACAAAUAAAGAUGGUGGGUAUCACUUGGCUGGGACUCCUGGAUGAAACUUGUGGCUCUUCUUCCCCUCUCCUCGUCAGUGUUCAGUUUGUUCACCCGAGAAUCAGAACAGGACUGAAAGACCAUCAGAGAGCGUUUUAUUCUUAAAGUUGCCACAGUACCACACCAUUUAACACCAAACGUCCUAUAAACCCAGUCUGUUGUCCCUUUUACUAAAGAAUAAAAGCAUACUUUAGAGCAGGAGCAAAGCGGGACACAGUAAACCAGCUUUAGAAUGAGGUGGUGAUGUUAAACCCUGGUCCAGUAUAUCAGUGUAAGGCCUGGGAAUGUUUCUGAUGGUCCGAGUCUGAGUGACUGCUAAUGUAGAGUCAGUUAACUAACCAACAGUAAGGGAGCAGUGAAUGUGAUGCUACUUUGUUGUUGUUUCUGAUCUAGAUAAUUUAAUUUAAUCCAGAGUAGAUUUUUUAAUGAUUAACUGUAUAUUCAUGUAAACUAAGUUAUAACUCUCUGGUUCUACCGUAGGCUGUCCUCACAUAGAAGUCAUUGGCAGUGUUAAACAUUACAUUCAGGUUUCUGCUGGUUUAGGUUGGAAGUGGGAGAUACAAUACGGGAGUGCUUGUUUAACAUCAACCAAUCUGCAUGAGCCGGGCGGUGUUAGACAAGUUCACUAAUAGUCAGAGAGCACCCUGUUCAUCCCUGUGGACUUUAUUGUGAGCUCUGCUGUCAUCCAACCUUCCCUCACACAGCAUUCAUCAGUUUCAUUAGAUUUUUUUCAGAUUCCAGCUCUCCUUUGUCUGUUUUUUAUUCGGUGUAUUUUUCUCUCAAACAGAGAGGAACCUGACUGUCUCAAAGGUUUUCACGAUACCAGAAUGUUAAACUUCCCUACAAUACUUGUAUGAAAAACCAUACUUGAAACCUCUUUUGAUACCAUGGCAAAAAGAAAAAAAAAGGCCUCGGUGCACAAAAUGGGAUCCAUUGUUCCAUCUGUGUGGCCUUGGGUUAAAAAAACUGAUGUGCUUUUCCAUAGCUGCGGUACUUUGGAUACUCUCCAGUGAUAAUGUUUUUGGUUUUAAACACAUGGAAUGGAUCCAGGAAGCUUCACACCGGCUUUGUGUUCUUCACUCCCUAACUGGUGAUUAGCAUGAUGGUGAACUGAGAGCAUGUUUGCUGCUUCAGGCAGAAGUCUGGUCCUAAUGAGACGUCACAUUCCACUUGUGUUUUUAUUUAUUUAUGUUUUAUAUUUCUGGAAUAAAUUGCCUUUAAUUGUUGAUUAUGAGAGGCUGUGUUGCCCACUGAGCUGCUUCUUCUGGUCUUUCCAAGUUUUUGAGGCACAUUAUUUCCAUGUUUUUCUCAUUGAUGACAUUCCUAAUCAGGAUUUUGAGCUCUUUUCCCUGUUGUAGUAAACUGGUAAAUAUAAUCACAUGAACUGUUUUGAUUUUUUUGAAGACACUGUUAAUUCUUUAAUCAUUGUUUUAUUACUAAAACAGUUUUUGUUAUGCACUGUACACUUGUUUUUGAUUUGACCUUUUGUCAUGUUGCAUUUCAUUUGAGCUGCAUUCCGAUGCUUGUAUGUAUAUUUGCUGUACAUGGAUGGAGAAUUGUGCUUAAAACACCUCAGAGGAGCCUGUUUUUGUUAUUCAUGCAAUAAAACAACGUGCACAUGAA